AUGCACGCCAACACGAUGGAGACGACUCACACCAGAAAAUUCCAGCUUUUCAUUAUUCCGCUGAACUCGGCUGAACACAAUGGAUCCAAUGCUGCAUUCAGAAGGGAACUAGUGCCCCAAGGACGAAUUGAAGAUACGCAUGCUCCGUUCAUGGUCUCGGUCAUGGGACGAACCAAUAGUGACUCGGCUUUCGAACCAUUCCUGUAUGCCGGCUGCAUUCUCACAGCCAGAAAAGAAACAAGAUUCCUUGGAAACCUAACCACACCAGGGAUAGCCUUGGAGAUAAUGAUCUCCAAGACUUAUUCCACUCUUAUGAAUCAUCAUGAUUAG